UGCGCGAACUUCCGCAUCAAUGGCCGGGAAGGAAUCGGCGGUGCUCCCGGGCAGUUUCCCGGGAGAUGCUCUCCAGGCUCCGGCCCCGGGGAUCUUGGGGGUCCCUGCGGUGCCCCCGGCCCCCAAUGCAGCUGUCGGACCUCUGAUGGCCAAACCUGGCCUGAUAUGCUGGCUGGUAGAAGAAGAAGAGCUAUUUCUCCUGGUCCCUGAUGAACACAAGGGGUUGGCAGGCAGCAGCAGAAAAACACCCUGGAAGAUUCCUCCACUGUCUCCUCCGUGUGAUGAAGGGACAAGAGCCGCCAUGCAGCCAACUGGGGAUAGGGUGACCUUUGAGGAGGUGGCUGUGUAUUUCACCCAGGAGGAGUGGACUCUGCUGCGCCCUGCCCAAAGAGCUCUCUACAAGGAAGUCAUGCUGGAGAAUUUUAGGAACGUGGUUUCUCUGGAACCUCAGAUUGCCAAACCAGAUCUCGUAUCCUGGCUGGAAGAAGAGGAAGAGCUGUUUCUCGUGGGUUGUGUUGAAGAGCUGGGACUGGCAGGAGGUGUGUGGGAGUCAGCAAAGGAAACAAAAGAACUUCCAGUGAUGGAGCAAGAAGAUGCAACUUCAGAGGUGAAAGAGAAGUUUGAAUAUUUGUAUGCAUUGAGGAAGGAAGAGGGCGAAGACCCAGCUGAAGAGAUGAAGAAUUCCAGUUUUGUGCAGGAUGGUAACUCUGUACUGCAAAACAUAUACCAAGGAGACAAGAGAAAAGAGCAAGCGGCAACCAGGGAAAAUGUUCCUGAAAAAUCAGUCAUCAAUAUUCAGUGGAACACCUCUAACAGAAAGCAACCGUAUAAAUUCAUGCACUAUGGAAAAGGCUUUGGGCGGAAAGGAAGCCGAAAUUCCCAUCAAAGAAUUCACACUUGGGAAAAACCAUACAAAUGUAUAGAAUGUGGGAAAAGCUUCAGAUGGAGUGGUCAGCUUAUUUCCCAUCAAAGAGUUCAUACAGGGGAGGAACCAUAUAAAUGCAUGGAGUGUGGGAAAACCUUUCGUGAGAAAGGAACACUAACAUACCAUCAACAAACGCAUACAGGGGAGAAGCCAUUUCAGUGCCUGGUAUGUGGGAAAAGAUUCAUUGUUCGUGGAAGCCUUACUUCUCAUCAAAGGAUCCACACAGGGGAGAAACCAUAUAAAUGCCUGGAGUGUGGGAAAAGCUUCAGAUCUAGUAGUCAUCUUUCUUCCCACCAAAGAAUUCACACAGGGGAGAAACCAUAUAAAUGCCUGGAGUGUGGAAAAAGCUUCAGGGUUCGUGGAAGCCUGACUUCUCAUCAAAGGAUUCAUACAGGGGUGAAGCCAUAUCAGUGCCUGGACUGCGGAAAAUGUGUCAGUGAUCGUAGAACCCUUAGUUCUCAUCUAAUGAUUCACAGAGGGGAGAAACCGUAUAAAUGCCUGGAGUGUGGAAAAGGCUUUACUGCUCGUAGAAACCUUAUUUGCCAUCAAAGAAUUCACACAGGGGAGAAUCUUUAUUCAUGCCUGGAAUGUGGAAAAAGCUUCACUAUUCGUGGACAUCUGAUUUCUCAUCAAAUGAUUCACACAGAAGAGAAACCAUUUAAAUGCCUGGAAUGUGGGAAAGGCUUCAGGAGGAGUAGUCAACUUACUUCCCACCAAAGAAUUCACACAGGGGAGGAACCAUAUAAAUGCCUGGAAUGUGGGAAAAGCUUUUGUGGGAGAAGAACACUUAUUUACCAUCAACAAACUCAUACAGGAGAGAAACCAUUUAAAUGUCUAGAGUGUGGAAAAGGCUUCAUUGCUCGUGGAAGGCUUACUUAUCAUCAAAGGAUUCACACAGGAGAGAAACCAUAUAAAUGCUUGGAGUGUGGGAAAAGCUUCAGAUGGAAGACUCAGCUUAAUUCUCACCAAAGAAUUCACACAGGGGAGGAACCAUUUAAAUGCCAGCAGUGUGGGAAAAACCUUAGUGACAGAGGUAAACUACUUUACCAUCAGAGAGUUCACACAGGGGAGAAACCCUAUAAAUGCCUGUACUGUGGUAAAAACCUUAGUGAUCGUAGAACCCUUAUUUCUCAUCAAAUGAUUCACACAGGGGAGAAACCAUAUGCAUGCCUGGAGUGUGGGAAAAGCUUCAGUGACCGUAGGACCCUUAGCUCUCAUCAAAGAAGUCACACAGGGGAGAAGCCAUAUAAAUGCCUGCAGUGUGGAAAAAGCUUCAGUUAUCGUAGAACCCUUACUUCCCAUCAAAGUAUUCAUACCGGGGAGAAGCCGUAUUCAUGCCAGCAGUGUGGAAAAAGCUUUAGUGAGAGUGGGCGCCUUCGUUCCCAUCAAAGAAUUCACACUGGUGAGAAACCAUAUAAAUGCCUGGAGUGUGGAAAAAACUUUAGUCGGAGUUAUGACCUUACUUACCAUCAGCGAAUUCACACAGGGGAGAAGCCAUAUACUUGCCUGGAGUGUGGGAAAAGCUUCAGAUGGAAGAGCCAGCUCACUUCCCAUCAAAGAAUUCACACAGGAGAGGAACGAUAUAAAUGCUUGGAGUGUGAGAAAAGCUUCAGAUGGAAGAGUCAGCUUACUUCCCACCAAAGAAUUCACACUGGGGAGAAACCAUAUAAAUGUCUGGAGUGUGGAAAAAGCCUCAGUGAUCGUAGAACCCUUACUUCUCAUCAAAGGAUUCACACAGGGGAGAAACCAUAUAAAUGCCUAGAGUGUGGGGAAAACUUCAGAUGGAGCGAACACCUCACUUCCCAUCAAAGAAUCCACACCGGAGAGAAACCAUAUAAAUGCUCAGACUGUGGAAGGUGCUUCAGUUGGAGCUCACACCUUUCUUCCCAUAGAAGAAUCCACACAGGAGAGAAACCAUAUAAUUGCUUGGAGUGUGGAAAGAAUUUCCGUCAGAAAGGAGGCCUCACUUCCCAUCAAAGAAUCCACACAGGAGAAAAACCGUACAAUUGUUCUGAAUGUGGAAAGAGCUUCCGUCACAGCUCGAGUCUUUGUGAUCAUAAAAGAAACCACACAGGGGAGAAACGAUAUAAAUGCUCUGACUGUGGAAAGAGCUUCAAGAAAAGCUCAAACCUUACUUCCCAUCAAAGAAUUCACACAGUGGAGAAACCGUAUCAUUGCUCAGAAUGUGGAAAAAGCUUCAUUCAUAGGUCCAGCUUUGCUUCCCAUCGCAGAAUUCACACCGGGGAGAAACCAUAUAAAUGCCUAGAGUGUGGAAAGAAUUUCAGUUUCAGCUCAAACUUUUAUUCCCAUCAAAGAAUCCACACUGGAGAGAAACCAUAUAAAUGUUUCGUGUGUGGAAAGCGCUUCAGUCAGAGCUCAAAUCUUACUUCCCAUCAAAGAAUCUGCACAGGGGAGAAGCCAUAUAUAUGCUCAGAAUGCUGGGUUGGCUUCCGUCAGAGCAACAAUCUUAUUUUUCACAGAAGAGUGGACACAGAUAAAAAGUCACACAAAUGUUCCGAGUGUGGAAAGAGCUUCAGCUACAAGUCACGCCUAAUGUACCAUCAAAGAACCCAUACAGGGGAGAAACCAUAUAAAUGCCUAGAGUGUGGCAAGAGUUUCCGUCAGAACUCAAACCUUAUUUCCCAUCAAAUAAUCCAUACCGGGGAGAAACCAUAUAAAUGCUUGGACUGUGGGAAGAGCUUCAGUUACAAUUCACGCCUUAUGUACCAUCAGAGAAUCCAUACAGGGAAGAAACUGUAUAAAUGUUCAGAUUGUGGAAAAGAAUUUGCCUGGAGGUCAGAACUUAAUUACCACCAAAGACUCCACACAGGGGAGAAACCAUAUAAAUGUUCCAAGUGUGAAAAGAGUUUCACUCGUAACAAAAACCUUAUUUCCCAUCAAAGGCUCCACACAGGAGAGAAGCCAUACAAAUGCACGGACUGCGAAAAGAGCUUCAGUUACAGCUCCCAUCUUACUUACCAUCGAAGAAUCCACAUGGGGGUAAAACUGUAUAAUUGCUCAAAGUCUGCAAAAAGUUUAAUGAAGAAGACCAGCCUUACUACAAAUGAAUGCUCAGCUUAUAGAAAGUCCCUUGAGGUCUUUGAGACAGUGACAUUCUUGACCUGUUCUACAGUUUUGCCAGAAUCAAGUGAUGCAGAUCCAAUGGAAGUCCUGUGAUUUUUCAGAGGAGGACAGUGUCUCCCUUGCUGAACCUCACUGGUUGUCCCCACUCUGCGACUACAAUAUGACUCUGCUAAGAAAAGCAAGAGGGAGAUACAUAAAAUGGAAAACAGUUUGAGAAUCUACAUGCAAACCCACCUUCUGCAGGUGUUCAAAUUGAUACAAUACACACCGUAAAGUAAAAUAUACAGAAUAUACCACUUCAGAACAAAGCUUUAAACCCUGAAAAAAGAAAGAAGAUAGAGGGGAAGAAAAAAAUAGUUUUGAUUAAUUAUUGUGUGAGUUGUUUAUAAAAUUUAAUAAUGUAAUAUCCAAAUGUGUUUAUCUAUGGCUGAUUGUACACAAUGUGAUUCCUGUGUGGUAGGGACAAAUGUCAGUCACAGCAAGAUUUCUUGUACAGAUGUGUUUCUUCAAGCCCCACUUUCACUUUUCAUUCUCUCCACAGCAAGCAAGACCACUUCUAGCACGAUUUUAAUUUUGCUUCGCCACCAGAGUGGGCUGAUUUGCCAGUGAGCCCAGCUUUGCCCUGGACGUAUUCCCUCCACCCACAGCCAGCCUUCCAACUCUCUCCCACUACCAUCCUCACCUUCCCCCCUGCCCCUUCCAUAUUGCUGUCUCCUUCAAGUAAAAGAGAAGAAGCUUACUCACCCUCUGCAUUGAUAUAUCAGUAUCUCAACAUAAUAACCGAGAGUGCUUGGAAAUAACAACCCUCUCUGUCCUCUGGCAGCAGUAGCAACAGCUGGGAGUGGGGGAGGGGGACAGAGAGAAUAUUGGCUCAAAUACAAGGCCCCCAUUUUUAGCAGUGUGUGGUCCAGAAUUGCUUUGCUCUUUCAUUUGGGGAGUGGUGGUGAUAUUUUUAGAACAGUAAUAUCAAUAAAAGUGCAGUUUAAAGAAUUAGUCAGCAAACUUGACUACCAAGUGUAAUGAGAUCUGUGCUAAUAAGAAUAAGUGCCUUUAAGUGCCUUUAAGAAUAAGUUGAUGGGCAGAGUUAAGAGAACCAGGCCUGGAGAGUUCUUUGCUGAAAAACUGCCCAGAAGGGCAAAACAAAAAACAAAAAAAAUGCAAGGAGAGCCCAUUGCACAGAGAAGACUCCCCAGGUAAGCAUUUCAUGCAUAAUGGGCAUAUAUUACUCAUACAAUAGGGCCAGUUCAUGAACUAGAUAAUUUACUCUUCAUUAUUGGAAUCAGGACAACCAAAAAUCAUUUUUUCAGAAUGCUGUUACUCAUAGUUCUAAUAUCUAAGACAUUUUAUAAAUAUAAUGUAUGUAUAUAAACAUACAAGUAAAUAGAUUUUUAAAAAGAAAAUUAUAAAAGUUACUUCUGCAAGCAAAGUCAGAGUGACUCGUAGUUUUGUGAUGUGUAUGUCCACAUACAGGAAUAAAAAUA